AUGCUAUUCUCUGUCUACUUCACCAUCUUGCUAUCAACCAUCAUCGCUGCUGUUAACGGCUCCCCAAUAUCACUCCCAUCUCCUUCUCCAUCAUCAACUUCAGUAUCAACAAAACCUUCAACUUCAGCCUCCCUAACUCUAUCAUCACUCUCAACCACUACUACUUUACAACCUACAAAAUUCCCAACUUUAUCUAUCCAACAACCGGUCUUGAGUUCCAAUUCAAACCAAUUCUUUACUGCCGUUGUCAUUGACAAAAGACAACUAAACUAA